AUGGAGCAGAUUUUUGAGAAUAGGAAAUUGAAUGUUAGUGUAAGGACAGUGAGGUGGGGUGAGGGUAUACUGUUCUAUGCAAAAGAUGUGGCGGAAUCACUAGGGUACGCGGAUCCGAAGAAAGCAGUUCAGAAACUAGUUAGGAAACAAAACAAGGUAAGCGUAGAGGAGCUCCGCAUGGGGGGCGAAUCGCCCCUCUUGCAAAAAUGUCACCCACAAACGAUCCUGCUAUACGAACCCGGUUUGUACCAGCUAAUAUGUAGCUCAAGACUCCCAAUAGCAGAGGCCUUUCAGGACUGGGUAUUCAGUGAGGUGCUUCCAUCUAUCCGUAAAGCAGGCUCAUACACACUACCAGAUAGAAGGUCACUCAGGUAUAACCAAAUAAUCCUCAUAAACGAAACGGACCUUCAUUAUACAGUUGUGAGUUACAUUAGGAAUAACCACCCUAAGGCUGUAAUAGUACCCAGUCUUGGUGAGUAUCAGGAUACGGUGUCGAAGAGAUGUGAUGCUUGGAAGACGGGCUAUAAAGGUGGUCAGCCAGAUCUUAUUAUAGAGAAUCCUAUGGGGGAGUACACAGGAUUCGCAAUUGAACUUAAGUCUCCUAAGGGCACUGGGAUUACAAGUGAGAAGCAAGUUCUAUGGCUCACGAGACUGAGCGAAAUAGGGUACAUGACAAUGAUAUCCGAUGACUUGAUACAAAUCUGUAUCAGAAUUAAUGAGUACUUCUCACUUAAGAAGAAAGUUAAAAUAGUAAGGGUGAAGAAUGUAGUCAGCGAGGCAAAGCUGUACAAACAAAAGUUCACAUCACACAAGUACUAGUUUAGUGGUAAAGAUAAACUUAAAAAAUGCUCGGCAAAUACUGCCGGGCAUUUUUUAAGCAAUCCCAUCAUACUGCCAAGUAGAUUUAAGACAUCUUACAAGCAGAUCUAAGUUAUCUUGUAAGUUAUCUUACAAGUAAAUUCAAGUUAUCUUACAAGUAGAUUUGAGUUAUCUUACAAGUAAAUUUAAGUUAUCUUGUAAGUAGAAUUAAAGAUAUCUUGCAAGAUAAAACCCAGUUAAACCUAAGGUAUCUUACAAGUAGAAUGGCAGAUAAACCUGAGCAAAAUCAAGUACCAGUAACAAGUGAAAAGAAGAAGGACCCAAAAAGAGUAGCUGCAGGGAAACGACUGGGAGCAAUCAGUAAAAUAGCAAAGGAGAGGAAAAGGAAACAAGCUGAAUCCAACGAGUCGUCUAGUAGUGAUAGUAUGAUUACCUACAUAGGAGUGACCAUUGCAUUGAUAUCUCUUGUACUAGCGUAUAAGUCGCAUCAGAGGGAAACAAAGGAACUAGAACCUGAGUACAUCCCUAAAACUGUAGAAGUAACUAAGAAAGCUGAUGAGUCCAAGUUAGAUUCACUUGAAUGA